GUAAAUAGUCCAGCUCAAUUUUUCCAUAGACUAGAAAAUCUCAGUGCAAGAAGAACAAUCAAUAACUCUCAGUGGAGUAAUAGAGCCAAACCAAAGGAUCUUAACCAAGACCUGAUGAACAUCUGUGAUUAUUCUACAACUCAAAAGGCAACUCGAAAAACUAAACAUAUAAUCCAGAAUAGCAAAAUGAUUAGCCAACGUAUUUUUCAUGCUCACCGAGGAUCCUUGGAAAGCAAGAUUAAAAAGCUCAAAAAGAUGCAGCUUAAGACUGGGUUCUACAUUCCUAACAAAUUUAAUCCGGGAAUUAAAUUGAAAGUGUUCAACCCUCUCAGGAUACACAAAUCUACAUCAGAACCUCGGAUCGAAGACGAAAGCCUCUCUCCUGCAAUGACUGUGAACAAGUCCAUCAAGAUAGCACUGAAGCAGAAGUACCUACUGUUCCAAGCCCCAGGGAGUAAAUAAGGCUAAAAUUACCUUUGAGUCUCCAUUUCCAAAAAGAAGUUACAACAUCAACCAGAAAGUCUUCUCAUCAACUCGGCGAAGAGGUUUUGAAGGUUUCAGUGCUGAACCCUGAAAUCGGAGUAAAAGAAUCAGGAUGUUCAAGAACAUCAACGCUAAAAGCACCUACAUUCAUCAGGAUAAAAGUGGCCAAAAGCCAAUCAAAAUGAAGAAGCAGGUGCUUGUCAAGAAUAAGAACUUUUUCACCAGACUGAGUAUGAGGAGGAAAUUAUCAACCUAAAUAUUCCUAUGUCCCUUUUACACAACAAAUUUUAGCUA